AUAUAUUCAUAGAAACCGGUGUUAGAUGAUUAUUUUUUGAUAUUAAACAAAUACGUAUAAAACAAAACAACGAAUCAGAACAUACCGCACGAAUGAAUGAGAGAGCCGCCCCAGACUGAAGCUUAUAAAUAUAAAUAUUGAAUUUGACAUGCCACUAUCGCACAACACAAAAAAGCAUCGACUCGCAAUGACGGGUGGUAUGCUAGCAAUUAGUCUUUUUGUCCUUUGUUUAUUCGCCUUCGGCACCACUGUUUAUUCUAGUUCGUUACGUGGCGCAGCCGAGGAGAGUCUGCAUAACGCCUCUGUUAAAAGUGGCAAUUCCUCUUCCUCCUCCUCGGAGUCAACAUUAGAGCUGUUGCAUGUGAUUUUUAGACACGGUCCAAGAACACCAGCAGAUACAUAUCCAAAUGAUCCUCAUGUAGAUGAAAAAUUCUUCCCCUUCGGUUGGGGUCAACUUACUAAUAAUGGAAAACGAGAGCUCUUCAACGUUGGCUCGUGGCUGAAAAAACGAUACAACAAUUAUUUGGGACCUUUCUAUGUUCCCGACUAUGUUCAUGCCCAAACAACAGGGGUCACAAGAACUAUGAUGUCAAUGCAAUUAGUUUUGGCCAGCUUGUUUCCACCAAAGAACACACCAAUGGAAUGGAAUUCCAAGUACAAUUGGCAGCCUAUUCCUUAUACGUCGCAACCUUUAGAAGAAGAUAAUCUUCUAUUGGUUCGUACCCCAUGCCCACGUUACUAUGAAGCCCUUAAGGAGGUAUUCCAACUUCCUGAAGUCAAGGCCCAAAUCGAACCCUAUGAGAAUCUUUUCAAAGAGCUCACAGAACUAACGGGCAUGAAUGUAACUACUCCUGAAGAUGUGCAAUCGAUUUACACAACUCUCUUGGCAGAGUCAGAAUUUGGUCUCACCCUUCCUGACUGGACAAAGAAAUAUUACCCAGAAGAAAUGCAAUAUCUUGCAGAGCAAAGUUAUAUCUAUUCCGUUUACACACCAGAAAUGCAAAAAAUUAAAGCAGGUCCAUUUUUGAAAAAGAUGUUCCGUGAAAUGAAACAAAAACAAGCUUCAGAACUUAGUCCAAAAGAUCGCAAGCUAUUCAUUUACACAGGACACGAUACGUCCUUGGUGAAUAUUUUAUCAGCUCUUGGUGUGUGGGAAAGGCAAUUGCCAAGAUAUUCCAUUAUGGCACUUUUUGAGUUGCAUAAAAAUAAAAAGACUGGUGAAUAUCAUGUUGAGAUAUUCAUGAGAAAUAAUCCAAAAGCAGAUGCUAAACCAUUAACAAUACCUGGCUGUGAUAGAAAAUGUCCAUUGGACAAAUUAAUUGAAUUAACUAAGAACGUAGUUCCUACGGAAGAAUCUCUUAGUUUGUGUAGUGCGAAGGAUUCGUCGUUUACCGAACCACCACCAAGUGGUCCAUAGAUAAAUUGAUUAGAUAUUAUAUUUUUUCUAUGUUUUUUUUUUUUUGUGAAGUUUGUUAUAAUUUAUUAUUUUUGUGUAUCAUUUUUUUUUCUUUUUUUGUUUAAUUUUUUGUGUAAUUAAGAGAGAAAAAGAUUUUGCUUUGUAGUAUAUUUCAACUAACAAUUAUUGCUGUAUUAGAAGAUUUUUGUUUUUUAUUUUUAAUAAAAGCAACGUUGUUGUCAAUAGUCGAUUUAAAUUGUA